UGUAUAACUAAAGCAUGUUCCACUGUUGUCUCUCGAACGGUGAGUGAACCCACCCACGUCUUCCUUUUCUCUCUCUGGUUUAUCAGAAACACUAAUUAAUCAGUUAAUUAAUGGCGUUUGAGCAAGAAGAUUUCUUUUCCAAAGAAUGGAAUUCCAUAGGAAGUUCUAUGAGUCUGACAGAGACAGAGAAGAACUGUGAGAGUUGUUUUGAUUGUAACAUCUGUUUAGAUUUUGCACAUGAACCAGUAGUUACACUCUGUGGUCACUUAUUCUGUUGGUCCUGUAUCUACAAAUGGCUCUAUGUGCAAAGUGCUUCUCUUGCACCUGAUGAGCCACCACAGUGUCCAGUUUGCAAACAUGAAAUAUCUCACACAAAAAUGGUCCCUCUCUACGGCAGAGGCCAGACCGAAAUUCAUCGCGACCGUGACCGUGACGGGAAAAUUAAGCUUCAAGAUGUUUCUAUACCACCAAGACCAGCUGCUUCAGGAAUUCAGUCUCUGUUUGCAAUGGCAACAUUGUCUCAAAGGGGUCAGCAGCAGCAGCAGCUGCUUCCAUACCGUAAUCCUUAUCAAACUCAAAAUAUUAACCAAGAAAAUGACGCAGCUGAAAUGAUGAAUCUUGGUACCUUUAUGACACCAGUAUUUCCACACUUUAUCUUUGGUAACUCAGAAAGUUCUGAUCAUGUGAUGGGAAGUAGUAGCUCUAGGUGGAGAAGGCAAGAGAUGCUAGCAAACAAAUCGUUGAACAGAAUAUCAUUUUUUCUCUUUUUAUGCUUUGUACUGUGUUUUAUCUUCUUCUGAACUAGCAAUUGAGUUGAGUUUAUUUGUAAAGAAGCACUCCACAGGUGUAAGCAUAAAGAACUUAUGCUCUUUAGGCACUUGGCUAUUAUUAGUAUAAAAUAUUUGAGCUGAAUGUAUUGUAGUUCAAAGCAAUUUGUUAAUUUAUGAGUUUUAUUUAUGAGAUGUUGGCAUUACUAUUAUUAUAAUG